AUGGCAUUUAGUGCUGUCGCUGGAACGUUUGAUUAUGCGUUGUCAUUGAGCUGCGGUGUGAUAUGCAGACAUUUUCAGAAAAUGAAGUGUCCUCGAUGUAACACCCUUUGUGAGGAGGGACAGCAGUGUUGCUUGAGAUGCAACGCAAUCGUCGAAGAAGAGAUAGAGCCAGGCAGUCUGAAAGAUGUGACCUAUGACCUGGGUAGGAGUGGGGCGGCUGAAGACACCUUGCCAAUGGACAGUUCCUCAGAUGAAGAGGACUUUCAUGAUGCAAGUGAUCAAUUCCUUGACUUAAAACUUGGGGAAGAUGAGGACACAUGUCAGAGAGUACAAGUUGACGGUCUGGAGGUAGAGCCAGCUCAACAGAUGGAGGCUGCUGUAGAAGAGCUGUCCUCCCCGGGAGAAAUAACAGUUCACUAUGUUGGCAGUGACUCUGUUUCUCUGAGCUGGCUUCCUUUUGACCCGGCAUGGAGGUACAAAUUGACCUACUCCUGCUACACCCAAAGAGAGAUCCUGUCCAUCCAAGGAUCCAACAGCACUGACGUGGAAGGCUUGUACCCGGGGACAGAGUACACUUUCAGCGUCUCAUCGGUCACUGACGAUAGGAAUCUGAGAGCAUUGGUCACAAUGUCCAUGUAUACAAAACCUGUGCCACCUGAAAAGAUAAAGAUAGAUCAUGUCAGCAGUGAAUCAGUGUCUCUGAGUUGGGACAAACGUGUUGGUGUCACUGAGGCAUGUCUCGUGACCUGUUCCUGUAAUGGAGAGGAUGUCCAGAAGAUAACAACAGAAUCCAACACCCUGACGUUCUCCAGUCUGAGUCCAGGUGUCAAAUACUCCUUCCACGUCUCUACGGUGCUGAAAAACGGGACCCAAAGCAAGUCUGCUGUGACAUAUGUACGCACAAAAACCCACCUGGAGAGCUUGCUGCUGAACCUGGGGUUGGAGCAACACUACACAGAGAAGCUCACCCUGAGCACCGUGCUGCAGAUCGAUGAGAAGACCGUCAGAGAUGAACCCGCUCAGACUCUCUCAGCCCUACCAUGGACUUUCUUGAAGAGGUUAAUGAUGGUUAAUGUAACAGCUAGGAGUGUGAAAUGUACCUCAUCAGGAGGAGAGGAAAGUUGUGAUGCUUCAUUUUGCAACAUAGAGCUAGAUCUGGAGAGUCUGGUUGAUAACCUGGAUUCUAGUAAUGUUAUAAACCCCUUAGACGUUGUUACUGCUCUCUUUCUGUGCUGUAACAGUUUUCUGCAGCAAGAGAUGGUCUUGAAAAUGUCAAUGUGUCAGUUUUCUGUGCCCCUACUUCUACCCAAUUGUGACACAAAACAGUGCAUGCUGAUGAUUUGGGCAAUGCGAGACAUUGUCAAGAAGUUUAGACCUCAUUCAUUGUCAGACCCAAGAGGAUUUGUUGAAGACAGGAUUGUUCUCUCUGACCUCCCCAUGGUCUCUUUUGUCAGAUUGGGUGAGUGCUCUGUGUCCAAGUCACAGAUUCUGAACAAGCUUCUGAGUAAUCCCCAACAGUAUCAUGAUACAUUUGUCCACCAUGACAUGGAAUGUGGUGAUAGUCCAAGGAGGAUAUCCAAUGGAUUGGUUGAGAUAAGCUGGUACCUUCCAUGUGGGAACAAGAACAUUGACAUCUUUGGUGAACCUGUCGCUGUAGCUAAUCUAAGAGGGGACAUCAGUUCCUUUGAGACCCAGUACUCCUUUCUUUGUUCAACCUCUGCAGCAGUUUUUGUGUUCUUUGACAACUUGGACACCAAGUACAAGCUACUGACCAGCCAAAACACCAAGGCACAGCUGUUUCUGGUGGGUAACCCACAGAGCAAGAGCUUCAGCAUUGAUGCUUUAAAGAGAACAGCAGAAGAGUUGAACUUGAAGAAAAGCAACAUCAUCCUGAAAACCAAACAGAUGAAUGAUGCAGACUUUGUGAAGAACCUGAGAAACACAGUUGGGGAGGUCAUCAAGAGUUCAAAGUCCAGAAUGCCAUUGGAGCAGAUGGCUGAAGUGGCACACGAGCUUGGGAUCUUUGUUGAUGAGGACUGCCAAGAAUGUCAGAGUGCCAAGCAAAAUGCGGAUGCAAUCACAUCAAAAAUUCAUGACACACCACAGUAUAAGGAAACACAGCUUCCCUUGCAAGGACAGAUCUGGAAGGAGCUGGCACGUCUAGAGAAGGAGGAAUGCAGACUGCGGAAAGCUGGUGACAAGAACAUUGAGACGUACAAAAGUGAACUCCAAACAGAGAAGAGACAACUUAGGGAACAGCAAAGGAGUUAUGACAUGUCAGAGGCAAUGACCUGCUUCAUACAUGCAAUAUCAAGCACAGGGCUAGAAAGGUCCUACUUCUUGAAAUGGAUGAGAAUGAACCUGGACAAUAUGGCUCGUAAAAACCUUUCUGGCCUGAGGGAAAUGUAUAAAGAAAAGUCUCAGAAUUGGUCUGAAAACCAAGAUGAAAUUGCAUACCUUGAUAGACAGAUUUCAAACAGUUCUUUGGGAACCGAACAUUUCCUACGUGAAAUGGGUCAACUGUACGAAUCUGCGGUCUUACUGAGCGAAACUGAAGAGUCACGGAAACAACUGCAGCACCUGCCCAGACUAUGUGCUGAGCUGCUUCUGGAUGGGUUUCCUCUGGAGCUGGUGGACGGAGACGCUUCUAACAUACCUCUGAGAUGGGUGAGUGAUGUGCUGCAUCAGCUCAAUGUCUUAGUGCAGCCGAAGAACAAGAUCCUGGUGGUAACUGUUCUAGGUGUUCAGAGCACAGGAAAGUCCACUCUACUGAAUACAAUGUUUGGAGUGCAGUUCGCAGUCAGUAGUGGCAGAUGCACAAGAGGAGCCUUCAUGCUUCUCAUCAAAGUCAAAGAAGACUUCAAGAAAGAGCUGAACUGCGACUUUGUAGUGAUCAUCGACACAGAAGGGCUGAAGUCUCCAGAGUUGGUACAGCUGGAUGACAGCUAUGAGCAUGACAACGAGCUAGCCACUCUAGUUGUUGGGCUAAGUGAUGUCACAAUUAUCAAUAUUGCCAUGGAGAACUCGAUUGAGAUGAAAGAUAUCCUGCAGAUCGUCGUCCAUGCUUUUCUCCGAAUGAAGGAGGUGGGAAAGAAACCCAAGUGCCAGUUUGUCCACCAGAAUGUGGCAGAUGUCUCGGCACAUGACAAGAACAUGAGAGACCGGAAAAUGCUCUUGGAGCAAUUGAAUGAGAUGACCCAGGCAGCAGCCAGAAUGGAAAACAAGGAGGAGAGCAUGAGCUUCACAGAUGUGAUGGAGUACAACCCAGAGACUGGUAACUGGUACAUCCCUGGACUUUGGCAUGGAAACCCUCCAAUGGCACCUGUCAAUGCCGGGUACAGUGAGUCCGUCUACGAGUUCAAAAAUAACAUGAUCAAGGUCUUCCAGAACUGUGAAGCCUCUGGGAACAACAUCAUGGACUUUCUGGAGUGGACAAAAAGCCUUUGGAAUGCUGUGAAGUAUGAAAACUUCAUCUUCAGCUUCAGAAACAGCCUGGUGGCUGAUGCCUACAUGAAGUUGUGCAUUGAGUUCAACAAGUGGGAAUGGUCUGUCAGAAAACACAUGCACACAUGGAUGACAAGUGCUGAAGCAAGGAUUUCCAACUUUGGAACAAUAGCAAUGAAAUCUCAGACAGGAGAUGAGAGGGAUUUUCUCUGUCAAUUGAAAAGUGCAGCCUCAACGGAACUUGUCAAAUGGGAGAAGACCAUUCUUGACAACCUGACCAAGUACUAUGAGCAGACAGAGGGCCAUGUCUAUCUUGUGGAGAGAUACAGAGAGGAUUUUGCAAACAGCACCAAAAGUAUGAAAAGGGAGAUGGAAAACUCUAUAAUGAGUAAACUGGAAGCUGCUUUUGAGAUUCGAAAAGGAAUGAAAAAGCUUGACACAAUCAAGAAGAACCACACAGCCGUGAUGGAGGAGAAGGUGCUGAAGUUGCUUGAGAACUGCAGAAAGAGCCAUUCUGAGCAGUCAGAGAAGGACCUUGAUAGAGAUUUUGAAAAGGUGUGGGAGGAAACCGUGCAGGAGCUCUCUUUUACAGGAUUAAAGAAACAAGACAUUGUGAGCGAUGUUUUCAACCAACUCCGGUCUAACAUGAAGCAGAAGGGAGGUUCAGUGAAUGAAAAGCUGAACAAAGAGAAACUUGAAGAUCAUGGAAAAGAACCCUUCAUAGUCACUCCACAGGGGUUUUUCAAGAGAUUAUUAAAGGGUUUGUACAUGGAUGAGCACACAAGAAAAACCCAGGCCAUGGCAGACAACCUUAUAGAGAUAUGCAAACAAUUUGUAAAUGAGAAGAUCCAAAAUAAAACAGAUUACAAUGACACAUACAUUCAAGAGAUAAUGCAUAUGAUUGAAGAGACGUUGAACGCCAACAAAAAUCUUGAAACAAGCGAUAAAUUUGAAGUCUCCAUUAAAUUGUACAUUUGUGGGUUUGCAUCCAGGGCUUUCCAAUCAAUGCAUGAACAGUUCAUAUGUGACAAUGAUCCUCGUUUGUGCCUUGAACAGUUCAAAGGUAAAUAUUUGGCGAACUUCAAAGACUUGUUCAAUGGACAAGAUCAGUGUCAGAAGAAAGCUGAGCAGUUCACCACCCUGUGUCUCAAACCAGCAGUAAAAGCCUAUGUUGCCAGUUCCCUGGGUCCGGAAAUUGUUGACGAUAUGCUGACAGGACAGAAUGCCUUACAAUUCAGCUCUCGGACAUUUUUCCAGUACUCUAUCUUGAAGCAACUACUGUCAGAAUUCAACUUUGCCAACUAUGUGAGCUACACUUGUCACUAUGAAGACUUUGUCAAGAAUUGGAUUUUGGGUGAAAUGUUGAAACGAUUUUCACAAGGGAAAAAAAUGUUUGAGUUGGAAGACUCUCAACUCAAAGGGAUCAUCAGAGUCAUCACUGAGGCAAUCACAAAAGUACAGAAGAAUAAGAAUGGCAACAUAAAGGAAUUAAUUCAGGACAUAUGCAGGGAACUUGGAGAGAAGCUGGUCAUCCCCCAAGAUGCAUUGGAAGCCACCAUGAUCCUCAACAAUUCCAACCAGGAACAGUUUUCCUACUGGCUCAAAACAUCUGUGGUGGAGAUGGAACAGACUCUGAGAGAAGAAUUCAGAAAUGCAACAGAUGUAAGUAAGAAAUUGGAACAACUGAGGAUUAAACCACAGAACGUCCUGUUCACAAGAGUGUUUGGCUGCGGGAAGCAGUGUCCAUUCUGCAAGUCACCAUGCGAGGCAGGAGGGGAGGCCCAUAAUGAUCACUGUGCUUCAAUACACAGACCACAGGGACUUGGUCGAUACAGGUUUGAUGGUUCAAAGGAACUCGUGACUGAUAUCUGCUCCUCCUCUGUGUUCAGUGAGAGUUCUUUCAGAUGCUAUGAGACAAAUGGAAAAUACCACCCUUUCAAAAAGUACAGAGACAUUUUUCCAAAUUGGCAUAUUCCAGCAGAUCCCAGCAUACAAGCCUCAGACUACUGGAAAUAUGUGAUGGCAAAAUUCAACAAGAAAUUUUCCAAAGAGUAUGAUGCAUGCCCAGGAGAUAUCCCCCAUGCCUGGAAAUUGAUCACAAAGGAACAGGCAGAAAAGAGCCUUAGAGAGUCCUUUAGCAUUACUAAUGCUUUGAGUCCCACGGUAUCGCCAGCACAUUCUAGUGCUUCUAACCCCUUUUAAACAUUGUGUGUUUUAGCUACAGACUGGUGUUUCUUUUGCAUUAGAUCCGUCUAUAUCUUCUGCAUCUGCCAAAACCAACCAUUCGCCUGCGCAAAUUAACAGGUGCUGAACUAGAGCAGUGUUUGUGAGACGAGGGCAGAUCCCGAAAACGGUUGUUCUCACAAAAUAAACAUCUAUAAUGUCUGAACGGUUUGAGCUAGAAAACUAUUAUGAAAAGCUGAGACUCUCACGAAUACACACAAGUAAUGUUUUGCUCUAUGACAUGCACAAGCCACACGAGCCAUUAGAAGGUAAGGGUUCUCCUACAUACAUCCCAGGACAUAUGGCUCAGCGGUCUAAGGCACUGCAUCUCAGUGCAAAAGGUGUCCCUGGUUUGAAUCCAGAUUGUAUCACAUCUGUCUGUGAUUGGGAGGCCCAUAUGGCGGUGCACAAUUGGCCCAGGUUUGGCAUGAGUAGGCCGUCAUUGUAAAGAUUAAUUUGUUCGUAACUGACUUGCCUAGUUAAAUAAAACAUUUGGUCUAUAAUACUGUAAUAAGCUCACAAAAUUGUUUGCACAAACUCCGCAUAGUUGUCACUGGAAAUUAUAUGGUAUAACACUUGAAUAUGAGGGCAGAGUAAGCAGAUAAAUGAAAGUAGUGAAUUUCAGGUAUUUUGUCCAGGUAUUCCGUGUCUAAAAAGGUUUUUAAUUUAGAGCCCAUUCAUCCUCUCGAAGAGGAAUAGCAUCUUGUAGAGUAAUGAUGUGUCGGGCCAUAGUAAAAAAACAAUUUUUAAAUGCCUUUGCUGGUAAGAAAAAUGGUCAGAUUUAACACUAAACAAAGAAAAUACAUUUAUGAUAAAGAUGCUUAAAUCUGAUUAUGUUUUAGGUUUUAGUUUACAAAAUCAAGACAAGGCAUCUGCUUCAUCACUCAGCAGAAUAGUCUAAUCGAAGAGCCACAAAAUGGUGGUUGGAAUGAUAAUCUGUUAUACACUGUGCCUCAGCUUCUUUGCUUGAAAGCAAUUCGCUAAAGAUACAUCAGUCCUUGAACUUGGCGUGACUAUCAGUCUACUUUGGCAGGCACUGACAACAAUCAACAAGGAAUCUGUUGUCCGAUGCGAACUGCAGAAUAUUGCCUCUUGAAGUCGACACUUUUUUUGUGAAUCUUCUACAUUUAAAUAAAUGGUAGUAUUUACAGAGAAUAAUUUUCUAAUUUUGUUUUGUAUUUGUGCUAGUAUUCAUUUACAGUUUGUUUUUUUAUGUGGUUUUAUCUUUCAUUUUUCUGUAACAUUGGGUUUGGUCAAAUCAAGCAUGGUCUGACAUUUAACUUACACUUCUGUGAUUCAGGAAAGUGUUGAGAAACCAUUGAAUUGGACAAUUGUGAGAAUAUAAUACUUUUCUAAACUUUUCGCUUUUCUAAAGAGACUUUGACAUGAUAUUGUCCCUGUGAAAUAUCAGUGCUUAGCUAUUUGUAGUAGCUGAAUAGUAAGAUUAAAUUGUGUACUUACAAUAAUAUACCCUGAAGUACACACACAAUCAUCCUGAUGCCUCCUACUGUCAGGGUUGGGUUAAAUUCCAUUUAAAUUCUGGUCAAUUCCAAAAGUGAACCAAACGCCAAUUCAAAUUCAAAUUGUUCGAAAUUGAAGUGAUCUGGAAUUGUAAUUUUAGUGUACUGUACAUCCUGAUCUGACGGGAGCUGAAAUGCAAUUGACCCCAACCCAGCUUAAUGUAUUAGUAUUUCCCACCAAAUAUAUUCCAUAAUAAAGAAAUCACUUUCUUGUAUAACAUAUCAAUGGAAAAGAAUCUUAACAGUGACUCCUUGAACUGGUCCAGUUGGUCAAUGAAGAGGUGUAGUCAACAAAGUAGGCUACACCAACUGUAGUAAAUAUUCCUUUCUAAAAUGUAUUAAAUUAUUAUAUAUUUAGAGAAAAAUUGCUUCCAUUGAAUACAACAUAAAAGCAGAACAUUUCUUUUCAAGUGAGGGUCAAUGAAUUGAUGUUCUGGACUACCAGCUGAAUAUUUCAAAUCAAGUAGCUUUUUAUUGCAGUGGUAGCACAAACAACAUGGCACAGUCAUGAGAGAAUGAAAACAUAAAUGUCCAUUUUAAUGCAUGAUAUUUCAUUUUGUAAUUGUACAUGGCCCCUGUUCAAUAAACAUAUAAACAUGUGUAUAAA